AAGGACGUGGAUUCGCCCACCUGGAAUGAAGGUUCCGCCCUCCGCGACUGGGGCAGUAUUGACAUUAAUGAUGGCGGCGGUGGAUCAGUCGCCUUCUGAUUUGACUGAUAAAGAAACCAGGGAAAAGCUGUCUCUUUGGGAUCGUCGAACAGAUCCCAUGGCUCCGCUGACGGAGAAGCAGACAGACUCAAUCAUGGAGAUCCGCGCAGCUGCCGAAACGCUUCCAAUUCCCUCGGAGCUGCCCAUUGAGGACUUGUGUAGCCUAACGUCCCGCGCUCUGCACUCCCCAUUCACGACCACAGUGCCGGCGUCUACCGAGGACAUUCUACUGAAGGGCUUUCAGUCACUCAACAUGGAAAGUGAUAGGAUAGAGACGGCUCAGCAGUUUUUUUCCUGGUUUUCAAGGCUGCAGUCACAGAUGGAUCGGGACGAAGGAGAAAAGUACAGAACAACGAGGGAUGACCUGAGUGGGUACCAGGAGCAGUGCGAUGCCAUCUUGGCCGAUGUGGAUGCGGCGCUGCAGCACCUGGACUCCCUUCAGAAGCAGUACCUGUUCGUGUCCACCAAGACGGGCACACUUCACGAAGCCUGCGAGCGGCUGCUGUUGGAGCAGUCUGAGUUGGUGGACCUGGCAGAGAGCAUACAGCAGAAGCUGUCCUACUUCAAUGAGCUGGAGAACAUCAACACGAGACUGAACUCCUCCACUUUAUCUGUAAACAGCGAGGGUUUUAUUCCAAUGCUCUCCAAAUUGGAUGACUGUAUAGAAUAUGUUUCCUCACAUCCAAACUUCAAAGACUAUCCAGCCUACAUGGUGAAGUUUAAACAGUGUCUCUCCAAGGCCAUGUUCUUCAUGAAGAGCCACACCGUGAAUACGCUGCAGAAUCUCACCAGCCAGCUGAUGAAGCGGGACCCUCUGGGUGCAGCCAGUGUGGAUAACGCCUUCACUCUCUACUAUGUGAAAUUCCGGGCUGCCGCCCCCAAAGUGAAAACGCUGAUAGAGCAGAUAGAGCAGCGGUCUGAGAAGAUACCUGAGUAUCAGCAGCUGCUGGGGGAGAUUCACCAGAGCUACCUGGACCAGAGGCAGGUCCUCCUGGCCCCAAGCAUCAGUUCCACCAUCACAGACCUCACCAGCCAGAACAACAAGGACCACUGUGCAUUGGUCCGCAGCGGUUGUGCCUUUAUGCUCCAUGUGUGUCAGGACGAACAUCAGCUCUACAGCGAGUUCUUCUCCAAACCCACACCAAAGCUGGAUGAGCUCCUGGAAAGGCUCUGCCUGUCCCUAUACGAUGUGCUUCGGCCUCUCAUCAUCCACGUCAUCCAUCUGGAGACCCUCUCGGAGCUGUGUGGAAUCCUCAAGAAUGAGAUGCUGGAGGAUCAUGUCCAAAAUAAUGUUGUGCAGCUGGGGGCCUUUGAGGCGGUGGUGAAGCAGAUGCUGGAGGACGUGCAGGAGCGACUGGUCUACAGGACGCACAUCUACAUCCAGACCGACAUCACUGGCUACAACCCCGCGCCAGGGGAUCUAGCCUACCCUGACAAGCUGGAGAUGAUGGAGAAAAUCGCCCAGAGCCUGAAGGAGGAGCAGAUGAAGCUCACCGCCUCAGAUCAGUCCUUUUCAGAUGUGCAGCUGGAAGAUCUGGAAGCGAGGAAAGCCGCCAGUCCUGGGAGCACAGGGGCCUCGCGGCUGCAGGGCUCCAUCUCGCCAGCCGACCUGCAUGGCAUGUGGUACCCAACAGUGAGGCGCACCCUGGUCUGUCUCUCCAAGCUGUACCGCUGCAUCGACAGAGCAGUCUUCCAGGGCUUAUCACAGGAGGCGCUGUCCGCUUGCAUACAAUCUCUGCUGAAGGCCGCAGACAUCAUCAUGAAGAACAAGAUGCAGAUCGAUGGGCAGCUCUUCCUCAUCAAACACCUGCUCAUCCUGCGGGAGCAGAUCGCUCCUUUCCACACUGACUUUGCCAUCAAAGAAAUUUCCCUGGACCUGAAGAAAACCAGGGAUGCUGCAUUCAAAAUCCUGAAUCCCAAGAAGGUCCCCAGUUUCUUCAGACUCAACAGUAAUAAUGCUAUCCUUGAAUUCCUGUUAGAGGGAACACCAGAGAUCAAGGAGCACUACAUCGACUCCAAGAAGGAGGUAGACCGGCACCUGAAGUCCAGCUGUGAGCAGUUCAUCCAGCAGCAGACCCAGCUCUUCGUGGCCGGCCUGGAGGAUUUUCUGGCCAAGGUUUCCGCCCUCAAAACCAUGGCAAUUCAAGGGGGGCCAACGUAUAACCUGUCUAUGCAGCCCUGGGCACAGCCAGCUAAGAUCAACGACGUUGUGAUGGCCACCUACCGGGUGAUGAAGACCAAGCUGCCCGCAACGCUCCACAGCAUGUCCUUGUACCUGGCCAAUAAGGACACGGAGUUCAUCCUCUUCAAGCCAGUCAGGAAUAACAUCCAGCAGGUGUUCCAGAAACUCCAUGGCCUGCUUCAGGAGGAAUACAGCGGGGAGGACCUCCAGAUCAUAGCCUGUCCCUCGAUGGAACAAGUUAACCUGCUGCUGUCGGUGAACAAGUAAGCCCCCCCCCUGACCCCACCCCCAAGAUGAUGAGAGUGUCCUCCAGGCAGGAGAAGCCGGGCUUCCCUUCGGUGGCGAUGGCCCGGUGUGGUCUUGGGCCUCGUGGACAGGUCCUCCACGACAGACGACAUUUGGGUUGCGGUGCUGCUAAACAAAGCCUCGUGGUUCUGGGUACAUUCACCUCAGAAAAAAAAGUAAAGAAAAAUCAAACUGUUUUUUGUUUUGUUUUGUUGUUUUUUUAAAUUUUGUUUAAACACUUCCACCAUGAAAUUAAAUCUACAGCCGCACCUUUGACGCAUUUAGCCCUCGUUUGGCAGGGGUAAGCUGCAGUGAUGUGCGACCUGAAGCCUCUGCUGUUACCGCAGCAUUAAUGAGACUCACUCUGAGGAGUGACGUGACGGGAGGCAGAAGUUUCUGCUGGUCAUGUGACUCCACAUUCAAACCGUAGCAGUGACAGGCUGGCUUCUGUAGCGCCGGGUAUAGUUUUUCUGUUGUAUGGGGGUUUGAAUAUUUAACUGAAUUUAUCCUGUAAAUGGGGAGAAAUUAAUAUGGUGUUUUAAUCUCAGUUUUCGAUUUCACUGUUAACCCAUUACCUCCUUUUUGUUUUAUUUUCUGUCCAUUUUCUUAUUUAUCUUUUUCGAUCAUAUUUGUUUCUGUGCCUUUUGUAUGCCUCUGUUACACCCUGUAGUGUAUGCAUACGCCCUGUUGCCCUUAAAUGCUCCACGCUGUGUCAAUUGGAUGAAAAUAACAGCAAAUGAAAGCCAAGCUAACACACAGGAGUCUUGUUUAGUGUAGGCUUACCCUUAGACCCGGGUCGAAAAUAAUCCCAUAUAGUAAUAUUGUUAUACUUCAUAUAAGGGCAACUGACUGACUUCAUUCACCAUUGGGGGUUCCCUUCUCCAUGGCAUUUCCCCCCAUAUUUGAAAUGUUUUGUUUAUUUUGUUAUUUUGAGAUGGGAGUAUUUGAUAUUUUUAUCUUGCACUAUUUUUGAUCAAUAGAUUGUGAUCCAAAUCUUAUUUGAAAUGGGUAACUAAGCAUCGCAUAGUUUCCCUGAGAAAAUGAAGAGAUGGGAAUAGUAGAAUUUCUAUAAUUUUUAUAUUGUAAAACCUAUGCAAGAUAGAGAAAAUGCACCUGACAAUAUGCUCAUGUUUUGAGAGUAGUGACACAUUUCUGUUUUAUCCCUCUGGCCACAGAAUGACAUUUGUAGUGUAUAGAAUUCAUGCCCCUCACCCCCCAUUUGAUGAGUGUUUGUUUUUUGUGUUAUGUGAAAGGAGGGUUAGACCUGUCUCAAUGCUUGUCAGGCAUCCUCUAAGACAGGGUUUCCCAACCCGGUCCUCAGGGAUCCCCAGACAGUUCAUGUUUUUGCUUCCUUCCAGCCCCCGGUACAAAAAAAUGUGAACUGCCUGGAGGUCCCCAAGGCCUGGGUUGGGAAACACUGCUCUAAGGCACAAAGCACUUUGCCGAAGCUGUAAAAAGCCAGGCGUUGACUCCUUCUGGAGCCUCCCUGUCCACUUUUGAUGCGCAGGGUGUGACAGCACUCUUAGCAUGCAUUCCUCUGUGUUCGCCUCCUUCCUGCCUGUUUUAUUUUAGGGAAACUCCCUCAUAAUGUCACUCAGCCCUAAUAUUCACAGUAAUAUUCUAUAACAGUAUGAGCUCCAGUGUGAAUCUCAAGGAUGUGUAAUGAUUAAAUGAGAUUUGAAGUAUGAUGAAUCACCAAUAAACAUAGCUUAAUAUGGAUUUAAAUUCACAAGCUUCUUCAUGUAUAACUGUGUGUAUAUAACUGUAAACUCUGAAAAUUCAUAGUAAUUUAAUAAACCCUGAUUUUUCUCCAA